AUGCCCCCUCCCAAACUCUCGGUGGUGAUUGGGACAGGGACACAGUUGAAUACCAGCAAGUGGGGUUCACCCUGCCCCCAGUUUCCAUGGGGUAAUACUAACCAGUUUUCUUUCCCUUUUCCUGGAAAACGUCUGUCUUCAUUAUCCUCUUUAUUUCUCUUUCCUACUCAAGUUGCUCCCGCUGUUUCUGCUAGCACUGAAGCUGAUCACUCUGGCUCUGACCCUGCUUCUCCUUUACAUACCUGUUUCUUAGUAAAUGAAGGAUGGAGUCAGCUUGCUGCGAUGCACUGCGUUAUGCUUCCUGACCUGCUGGGCCUGGACAAAUUUAGACCGCCUCUCCUUGAAAUGUUGGCGCGUAGAUGGCAAGAUCGAUGCUUGGAGGUGAGAGAAGCAGCCCAGGCUUUGCUAUUAGCAGAGCUCAGAAGAAUCGAGCAGGCCGGCAGGAAGGAAACGAUUGAUACGUGGGCUCCUUACUUACCUCAGUACAUGGACAGCGUGAUAUCACCGGGAGUGACCACAGAAGCCAUCCAGACGGCCACUGCCAGUCCGGAACCGUCGGCAUCGGAAGCUAAAAUUCAAGAAGAAGAGCACGAUCUGGUGGAUGAAGACAUUCCUGCAGGUUCUCUUUCUGGAUUUCCACAAAUGAAGAAAAUAUCCAUGUCUUAUGAAGAGAGGCGCAAGCAAGCUACUGCGAUUGUUUUACUAGGAGUAAUCGGAGCAGAGUUUGGAGCGGAAAUCGAACCUCCAAAGCUGUUGACCAGACCUCGCAGUUCUAGCCAGAUUCCUGAAGGCUUUGGCUCAACUAGUGGUGGAUCCAACUAUUCUUUAGCGAGGCAUACUUCUGGUUUGCAGAAGAUGAGGCCCGUUCACAUGGCUGGCUGUCCCAUGGACAGUCAGCAAUGCGAAUGGGGCACGCACCUUCGCAUGGAGGUGCAGGGUUUUUUGGGGUCCCUGCCUCCUAAGCACAGCUCGACUGACCCCCAGGGCCAUGAAAUGGCCCUUUGUCCCUGCGUGACUCCGCAGAUGGGAGCCGGAACUGCGAUUCACUGGUUGGAUCGCAGCCACCUAAUGCACCUCGCAUCCACGGCCAUUCGCUCGGCCACGGCUGCAAGCAUCACAAUGGGGCUGCCUCUGAGUCCAGCAGCUGACUCCGCCCGCUCUGCACGACACGCUCUCUCGCUCAUUGCUACGGCCAGACCACCCGCCUUCAUAACAACCAUCGCCAAGGAGGUGCACAGGCAUACGGCUCUUCAAGCCAACACUCAAUCUCAGCAGAACGUCCAUACCACGACCUUGGCACGGGCCAAGGGGGAGAUUCUGAGGAUCAUCGAAAUACUUAUUGAAAAGAUGCCCACCGAUGUGGCGGAGCUUAUCGUAGAGGUUAUGGAUAUCCUCAUGUACUGUCUGGAAGGCUCGCUAGUCAAGAAGAAAGGACUUCAAGAGUGCUUUCCAGCCAUCUGCAGGUUCUACAUGGUCAGCUAUUACGAGCGGAGUCACCGAAUCGCAGUUGGAUCCCGCUUAGGUUCAGUGGCCCUCUACGACAUCCGGACUGGAAAAUGUCAGACCAUCCACGGCCACCAGGGGCCCAUCACAGCUGUGGCGUUUGCGCCUGACGGACGGUAUCUUGCCACUUACUCGAACAAAGAUAGUCAUAUCUCCUUUUGGCAGAUGAACACCUCUCUUUUGGGAAGCAUCGGGAUGCUGAAUUCUGCCCCCCAACUUCGCUGCAUUAAAACGUACCAAGUGCCCCCCGUCCAAACUGCGUCGCCCGGCACCCACAGCGCGCUCAAACUGGCAAGGCUCAUCUGGACUUCCAACCGGAACGUUAUCCUAAUGGCGCACGAUGGCAAAGAGCAUCGGUUUGUGGUAUAGUCAGGAGGAAGGAAUCCUUUCGCUAAAUACAGUUUUUUCUUAAAGCUCCCUGGUAAAAUUUCUCUCCCUCUCUGCGAUCUCAACCCUUGGAGGGUCUGGGUUGGUGACCAUAAAAGUUAUCCCGCUGGAUUGGCCCGAUGGUGUCACACUCUGCUUUGUACUCCAGAGCAAAGAACCUGUUUAAGCCAUCUACUGAGUUGGAGGUUUGCACAUUAACUGGACAGCCCGCGAUAAUGACAUGAGCAUGUGAGGGGAAGGGGGUGUUUGAAUCAUAGAUGCGCAGGUAAAGGGAAGAUCUUGAGUUUGUAGCAGUGGCUUUCUCAGGAAGUGUCUGGAAGACCUUAAUUUGGAACUUUAAAAAAAAAAUCAGAUCACAAGUUUUAAGCCGGGCUGAAUCAUAACCACAUUAAGAAAAGUUGAAAUCAGCCACAAAACCUAAAUGUAAGAAACAAUUAUUUGAGGUAUUUAAAAAUCUUGAUGUUUACUGAAAGCUUAUAUGUUUACAUUGACGUUCCUCCGGCUGUCGUUGGAGGAAAGCUGGCUUUGGCAUUUUAGGACGCUUUCGGAAUCUCUGGGAGUCCCAUGGCAUGCCCAUCGCAGCUUCACAGUUGCAACUCCCUUUGCUUUCUUGACCGGCAGAAGAGAACCGAGUCCUUCCCAUGUUCACAGGUGCGCCAGUAAGCUCACUGCACCUGCCAGUUCGCAGCAUUAAAAGGUUGUACUUGUCAGGCUUGGAAGUUCACAAAAAUCUAGAUAGGAAAGAAAAAUUUUUUAACUUGCUUUGAGAAUUGGCAUGCUUCCUUAUAUCCGUUUCUGAGUUAUCUGGGAAUGGUGGUGCUCCAUAACGAAUGAAGGAACAAUGUUAUGGAUGUUAGGGAAGGGGGAAAACCUUGAAGUUGUGGGAAAUUUUAGAACACGAAAAUUGGCAAAGAAAAGCUGGGGGGGGGGGGCGGUAUGAAUAUCAAUGUUUUCUGGGAAUGUUAAUGUAUUUAUAUCCGAUGCUGUUCUCUCUUCCGCUGCACUGGGUUUGGCAAGAACGCAAGGACCCUUCACAUUUAUACUACUGAACUUGUUUGUGUGUAUGUGUGUGUCUUUUUUAACUAUGUAAAACUAAUCAUGAAGUAGCACAUUUUCAACAUUUUGGUUUCAUUCAAGAACAGGAACAGUUUGGAAAUAAAUGGGUGACCCAAAGUUAAUCAUUAUUGCGAGAAACGGAAAAAGUUAACUAGAAUCCAGUUUCAAUAUUUUUGUGCAUCUUCCUUAUAAAGAUCUAAUUGUAACAGCUGACAUUCACAUAUCCCUCCCCUCCACGUCUUGCAUAAUAAUUUUUGUGUGAAGAUGACCUGGUUUUUGUUCACAGAGAUGAAAAAAUAUGUAGACGAUGUUUUAUUUAAACACUGUUGUGUUUGUGUGUGUGUGUGUUCUCAGUGCUUCUUCCUUGCAUUCUGUUUGCCUUGGAAAACAGGCAGAAAGAAUGCUCAUAUACCCUUUUCAUCCAAACGCACUAAGUAGAACCGUAACAUCAUCCACCACGUGCUAGACUGUCUUUGUUUUAGAACGUUCCACUUGGGUCCUAGUGCCUACCUAACAGAACCCAAAUGGAACAUUCCAAAACAAAGACAGUCUAGCACAGGAGUCUGCAACCUGUGGCUCUCCAGAUGUUCAUGGACUACAAUUCCCAUCAGGGAUUUGUAGUCCAUGAACAUCUGGAGAGCUGCAGAUUGCAGACCCCUGGUCUAGAGAUGGCGAAUAAAGUUACAGUUCUACUUAGUGCUUUUGGUUGGAAAGGGUACAGUAAAUGCAGACAUGUUCAACAAAAGUGGAGCCUGUAGAAAAUUCCAAAGUAGACUCUGAAUGAAUAAAUAAAAGGAAAUGAUAGAUUCUUUAUGUAAAACAUAUUGGGUGCAUUUUUUUCUGUGCAGUCCCCCUUGAAAUGAACGAAAUUUGUUCAGGAGUAGUAUAGAAUCCCUUCUCUGCUUCAGUGGGUCUAACAGUGGAGAAGUUCCUGGUAGUUUGCAUAGCAUUGAUUUUUUUAAAAAAUGAGUAAACGAUCUGUUUAAUACACUGUACAUGUAACAAAGAUUGCACAGGCCACAAUCAACAUACCUACUUGGGAUUUUACGAGCGUAGCAAGGAAUUAAAGACUAUUAGGAAUGUUUAUCUUGCACUGUUGUAAAUGUGUAUCCUUUUCAACUAGGGCAAAGCUAAAAUAGUGUGUGUUUAGUGGUGGCAAAAAAAAUCAGUCUUGGGUUGUAGAUGUUUUUAAGUGAAUUUAAGCAGUGUGCAUUCCAUUUAGGACAAGUGACUGUGGAAUUUGGAAAAGGCACAAAAAAUGCACUGAGUACGGACACUUUUCAGGAUCAAACAUAACGUUCAAGUGUCGUGUUUGAGUGCAGAUAAUGAAGAGAUAACUUUGUGCUUUUCCCCAUGGAGAUUCCAAAGGCAUAUUUACUUCUGUUACAGAUUUCCUUUGUUCAUCUGUUCCCGUGAUCACAGCACGGGGCUCUGCCUCUUACAUGGUGCUGCGGAUAAUCAGGGAGGCAGUCCCAUUUCUUCAGCCUUGAGUAAAUGCCUUCUGCUUGCAGUGGGACUUGGUGCAAAAGAAUGCAAACCACUGCUGCAGAAAAUUGAACAGGCAAUCCCUUCUUUUAUGAAGUUCGACGUAGGGUAGCUGGACAGAAGCACACAUUACAAUAAACACAGGGUAGCCGCUGAAAACGGCAUCCCCGUGCCAGGUUUUCUCCCUCCCUCUUUGAAACCUGUAAUAAAACUUAGCUGUGUCCUGAUGUCAUAACGUGGUGUAUUUUUCCCACCAGCGGGUAGUCAGUGAUGUUAGCCGGGGCAAGAACAUGUAUGACAUGAGGACACAUGUCGGAUUAGUUGCAGAGGAGAAGGGAAGAAAGACAGACCCAGGGGUUGCUGUUUUAGUCAGUAGACUUUGUGUGUGUUGUGAUGUGCAGUUCCAUUGUCUGUGUGCACUAGAGAUGGUGUGUUGUGCUUAAUACGCAGGAACACAGACAGGUUUGUUUCAGUAGGCCGGUACACACAUAUUUUUUUAAAGACCUGGAGGCAUAGCAACCAUGUUCGGUGAGUGAACUUCAUAACUAGUUUGGGAAUUUUUUUAAAAAAAACCCUAGCUGCUUCAAAAUACGUUGCCAAAUUCAAAUUUGCAAAAAAAAAAAUUGAAUACACCUUCUUUCAUUAGCCAAAAGGAACAUUCCAGAUGUACAGAUUUACCCCAGUUGUGUCUUCUACAGAUAUCUAACAAGUGAUGGGGUUAAUAUCUGCAAUUGUUCAGGGCUUCUAACCCAGGGGUCUGCAACCUGCGGCUCUCCAGAUGUUCAUGGACUACAAAUCCCAUCAGCCCCUGUCAGCAUGGCCAAUUGGCCGUGCUGGUAGGGGCUGAUGGGAUUUGUAGUCCGUGAACAUCUGGAGAGCCGCAGGUUGCAGACUCCUGUUCUAACCCAAUGAGAAAGCUAGUCUGUGGACAGGAGUAAUUUAAACAGAGGAAUCAAUAUUUACAUACUAGUGACUGCAACAGUCCACCACGCCCCCCAUGGUGAGUUCAGACGGGAGCUGACAAAAGCUUCUCUACCCUUUGCAGAUAGUAGCCCUCCGAAUCUUAGUUCCCCUAACCACCAUGGACGCAAAUCUGCGCUCGAGUGACUUUCUCCCCCCUCUCCACACAGACUGCCCCCCACAGCUUAGGUCUUUCACCACUGCAGUAAAAUUUGUAUUGUCAUUCCAGUGUAAGCUUUUAGUGUUCUAUUGAUUUGUUAAGUACUGUAUUUGGAUUUGUCCUUGUAAACGUAGAGACGUGUGUGUGGCUUCAUUGGCAGUUUACAAGCAAAAGAUGACAUGAUGAGACACCUGUAUGAAAAUUUUGUCACGGCUGAAGUCGCAGUGAACGGUACCCAAUUAAAAUGUGCCGAGAAACUCUUUGGCGAUUCCACUUGUUGGCUGCUGCAUGUACCAAAUGGCCCUAUGUAGAUAAUGUGUGUGAAAUAAAUGCUGAAUCAGACCGAA